GAGGACUUUCACAUAGCAUUGCUGGUGACAUUGUUCCGUUUGUAUUCAAAGUGGACUGGACCAAUGGUGAUGAAUUUUGCCGGCGAUGACAUGGCUGCCUCGGGGUGCUAAUUGAGCGAGCUGAGACCAAGCUUAGUUCUUGCUCGACUUGUGAGUUGUGAUACUUGUGCCGUUGUGCGUACUCAAGCUGAAUCUCAAACUUUUUCAAGAUUAAUUUGUCAUCUCAACUCUCAAGCUAAUAAUCCUGAGAAAAAAAGGGUGUAUUGUGUAUGAUGUGGUGACUGGUGAGCUUUCAUCCCUGAACAAGAACACCAAGAUAGGUAUCUAUUUUUUGCUGAGUUAUUACUCUUUUAUCUACAAAUCUAAAUACAAUAAUGGAAGUUUUUCAAUCAGACUUUGCUUUGGCUUUGCUUCAAGAUUUGCUAGAAAGAUUCAAAUUUUUAGUCUUUGAGGAAGCAGGUCAGGUUGUACAGUUUGAUGCAGAAGAUGAACUUAAAAAGCUGAAGAGGAAACUCUUGAAAGCAGAAACUUUGUUUGACAGCUUUCAGCUGACUCCAAACAAUACCUGGCAACAUUGGGUUGGAGAAGUCACUGGAGUUUGCUAUGAUGCUGAAGACUUGGUUGAUGAUAUAGUACUUGGUGCUAGUAAAACUUCAGUGAUUGAGAAGAUGUUUUCGUUUUUCGAAAGGCGGAAGAUGGCUCAACAGAUCCAAGAGCUUCAAGGAAGGUUAGAGGAUAUAAUAAGUGGAUUAGACAUGGUCAACAGAACAAACCAGCAAGCACUGCAGUGCUCACUAGGAUGUUACAAAGAGAUUGCUCAUACAAGAGAGCAAAUUCGAGUUCCAGUGAGGUUAUUCGGGAGGGAAAGCGACAAGGAGAAGAUAGUCUCCAUGCUGCUGGAAGAAACACUGAUUACAGUUUCUAUAGUUGGCAUGGGUGGCCUUGGCAAAACAACACUUGCUCAGAGUAUUCAAGAUGAUUCCAGAAUCCAAGAAAAGUUUCAUCGUAUAGUUUGGAUUUCAGUGUCCGCGGAGUUUGACAUGACAAAGAUCACAGACUUUAUAUUGAAUCGGAGGCAGGAAGGUGAGUAUAGCUUUCAUCCUGAGAGAAUCCAAAGUUCAUUUGGUGAUCUUUACUUGGGGAGAAGUAUUUUGUUUGUGUUGGAUGAUUUACGGGAAGUUAAGGGUAAUGAUUGGUGUUCUUUCUGUCAUUAUUUUCUGUGCUCGUCUGGUUCCAAAGCUCUUCUGACUACUAGCAACCCAAAUGUAACAUCAAUUACUAAUGCUACUCCUUAUCAUUUACAAAUGAUGAAGGAUGAAGAUUGUCAGGUUCUAAUCAUGGAUAGAGCGCUGUCUUUUAAUAAUAUAUCUGAACGAAAGCUUGUAAUUUUGGAGGAUAUUGCUGGAGCAAUGGCCCAAAAGUGCAAGGGCUUGCCUCUGGCAGCCAAUAUUUUGGGACUUCUUUUAUCCUCUAAGCAUGAUGAUGAUGAUUGGGUUACUUUAUCAGAGAAAGACAUAUGUGAGCUAAGUAUUUUUAAAGAGGAAAUAUUUCCUGCUUUUAGACUGAGCAACCCUAACUUGGCAUCACAUUUGAAGAAGUGUCUUGCUUACUGCUCCUUAUUUCCUCGUGAUUAUGAUUUCGAGAAAGACAACUUGGUUCAGCUGUGGAUGGCAGAAGGUUUUCUUCUGCCUCAAGGGAUGACAAACCUUGAACAAAUUGGCUGUGAGUAUUUUAAUGAGCUGUUAUGGAGAUCUGUGUUUCAACUUUCGCAUCUUGGUGAUCAGGAGAUGCCAAGCUACAAAAUUCAUGAAUUUAUUCACAGGUUUGCUGAGUUUGUGGCUUCAGACACAUGUUUCAGGUUGGCGAAAGGUGAGUGGUCUUGCUCCGCCCCUUUAUACAAAAAAGUUCGCCAUCUGUCCCUGCUUUGUGAUUGCAUCAAACUACCGUUCCUCAAAGAAAUUGAGAAAUGUGAUGGUCUGAGGACAUUUCUUCUGCUAAGUGAACACGGAACUCAAAUUGGCCAAGUCCCUUAUUCCUUUUUUCAGAAAUUGGUGCGGUUGAGAGUUCUAGACUUGAGUCAUACUAAUAUUGAUGAGCUUCCUGAGUCACUGGGUAGAUUAAAGCAUUUACGGUACUUGGAUGCAUCUCAGACACAUAUCCUAAGGUUGCCUAACUCAGCUUCCGACCUUCAUGGGUUACAAGUACUCAAGUUGAGCGGCUGUUCUGAACUCCGAGAGUUGCCAAAACAGAUUAAAAACUUGACCAACCUUAUACAUCUUGAUGUCGACAUGAGGAAAUUGAGGUGCAUGCCUGCAAGCAUUGGGAGUUUGAGUUGCCUUAAAACACUUCCUGCCUUUAUGGUUGGUAAGAAGGAAGGAUAUCGCAUAACUGAGUUGAAGAAUUUGAAGCAUCUACGUGGUACAAUAUACCUUGGUAAACUUGAAUAUGUUAGGGAUGGGGCAGAGGCCAGGGAAGCCAUGAUAUGUGAUAAGCCAUUUAUUAAGAGGUUGGAAUUAGAAUGGAGCCGUUGUUCUAGAGAUGGAUCUGUGCAAAUGGAUAUCCUUUCUGGCCUGCAACCGCACAAAAAUUUGAAGGAACUGUUAUUAAUCAACUAUGGUGGUUCCAGAUUUCCUGUUUGGCUUACAAGCCCAUCCUGCUUGCUUGUAAGUAUUCAUGUACAAUUUUGCAAGCAAGAUGAUGUCUUGCCAUCACUUGGGCAACUUCUCUUCCUCAAGACACUUAAUAUCGAAGGCAUGGAUCGAGUGAAGUGUGUGGACAACCAUUUUUGUGGAGAAGGUAGAAAUGAAGCCUUCCCUUCAUUAGAAUCAUUGAAGAUCCAAGACAUGAUGUGCCUUGCAAGGUGGUUUAAAUUGCCAGACAAUAGCAUGCCCCAGCUCCGUGAACUUACCAUUGAGGAUUGUCCUAAUCUCCUCUCAAUGCAGUCACUAAAACAUAUGAAUUCAUUGCAAACUUUUGAGCUCAAUCGCUGCAUGGAGCUGAUGUCAUUGCCUGAGCUUCCGGUGUCAAUUCAGUCACUGAUCAUUACCGAUUGUGAUAUGGUGAAACAGCGAUGUCAACCUGAAGAAGGUCCUGAUUGGAGUAGCAUAAGAGCAAUUCCGUAUGUGGAGAUUGACUACGAGACUGUGGUUCCUCAAGCUUCAAGUUAAUGUACCUCCACAUGACAGUCUGCUCUUGUUGGAAAGAUCAUUAGACACUGCCAAAUGCCAAUGCAGUCCUACAAAUACAGUGAUAAGUAAUUGAUCAUUCUUCUACAAGCAAUAGUUUGUUUGCUGAUGAUGAUUAGUAAUGAUGUUUACACUUCGUUGUCAGACUCAGAGAGUCACAGGUAAUGGAGGUAGUGCAACAAGGAAUGAAUUCUGUGACUUGUUUACAAUGUGAGUGAAUAAAAUCUGGGAAAUGAUUGACAUGUAAGCAUAGUCAAUUUGAGAAGUACUACUAGUGUAAUAUCUCUGCAGAGUAUUGUAUAAUUUUUUGUUGUAAUUGCCUAUAGAUUUUGCAGUAGAAUUCUGAAGUUGAUCUGCUGAACUUUGUUUCAGAGGGUGCUUUUGUAGGCUUAUUGUUAUUAUUGUAAAUUCUUUAUUGAAUAUCUAUAUCUCAACUUAUAUUCUUUUUUAUUUUUGUUUUA